GGUUAACCCGCCGGCGGGGCCGGUCUGUGGCUGCGGCUCCUUCCCUGGGUCGUUCAGUCGCGCGGAGCCGGCGCCUCUGGACACCGCCCGGACCCGCUGCUGCCCCAGGAUUGACCCGAGGGCGAGGGGCUGGGCUGGCACCAGGGGCCCCAUGACACCAGGUGGAGACGGCCCAGCGGGGGGCUACGGACCCUGCACGCUGCCCCCCGCCCCCCGGUGACCCCCUGUCCCGGGAGCACUGCACGGAGCUGUGUCCUAGGCUCCCCCGUGGGGCAGGCGGCUCCUCUGACCCCCUGGAUCAUCCCUGCGGGCCUGACCUCCUGUGAGCCCCCAGGGCUGCUUCUCUGGGGAGGGCGGAUGGGGCUGGGGUGAGGGGGCCCCACGGCAGGGCCCAGCCUGCGGCUAUGGAGCCCCUGCCCCGGUGCUGCCCCUGCAGGACGAUCCGCUUGGUCUUGUGGGAAUUGCAGCCCCUGCUCUGAGCAGAGCCCUCCCCGCCCGCCGCCCCCGCCGGACUCUCCACGCCGGGGACCCGCUGGCGCUGAGAAUGUGCAACACCACCCUGGUGAGCUGCAACGUGGAUUCCAAGAUCGACCACCUCUUCCCCCCCACGCUGUACAUCAUGGUCAUCGUCAUGGGGCUGCCCACCAACUGCAUGGCGCUGUGGGCCGCCUACCUGCAGGUCCGGCAGCACAACGAGCUGGGCGUCUACCUGCUCAACCUGUCCGUGGCCGACCUGCUCUACAUCGCCACCCUGCCCCUGUGGAUCGACUACUUCCUGCACUACGACAACUGGAUCCACGGGCAGGAGUCCUGCAAGCUCUUCGGCUUCGUCUUCUACACCAACAUCUACAUCAGCAUCGCCUUCCUGUGCUGCAUCUCCGUGGACCGCUACCUGGCCGUGGCCCACCCGCUGCGCUUCGCCAAGGUGCGCCGGAUCAAGACGGCCGUGGCCGUGAGCGCCGUGGUCUGGGCCAUUGAGAUCGGGGCCAACUCGGCCCCGCUCUUCCACAACGAGCUCUUCCACGACCGCUACAAUCACACCUUCUGCUUCGAGAAGUACCCCAUGGAGGAGUGGGUGGCCUGGAUGAACCUCUACCGGGUUUUCAUCGGCUUCCUCUUCCCCUGGGUGCUCAUGCUCUUCUCCUACCAGGGCAUCCUGCGGGCCGUGCGUGGCAACGUCUCCACCGAGCAGCAGGAGAAAGCCAAGAUCAAGCGGCUGGCCCUCAGCCUCAUCGCCAUCCUCCUCUUCUGCUUCGCCCCGUACCACGUCAUCCUGCUGUCCCGCAGCGCCGUCUACCUCAGCAAGCCUUGCGACUGCAGCUUCGAGGAGAAGGUCUUCGUGGCCUACCACAGCUCGCUGGCCUUCACCAGCCUCAACUGCGUGGCCGACCCCAUCCUGUACUGCUUCGUCAACGAGGGGGCCCGCGGCGACGUGGCCAAGGCCCUGUCCACCCUGCUGCGCUUCCUCACCAGCUCCAAGCCCCAGGAGAUGGCCACCGCCUCGCUUACCCUGGACACCCCACUCUCCUCUAAGAAGAGCAGCUUCUGCCGGCUCCCCGCGCCCCCUCAACCCCUGCCCCCGCCCCCUCCGGGCCCACCCGAUGAGGAGCUGCAGAUGAAGAUCUUGACUUUCAACCCAUGAGCUCUCCCUGUCAGCACCACAGCCCCGGAUGCAAACGAGAUGUAAAUACAGUAUUGUUCUUAAUGAUGAUAACGCAGGGGCCCAGUGAGGCCCCGGGGGGGACACUGCAGGAGGGGGCUGCCUGGCCUGACGGGGGCAGUGCCAGGAUUGCCGGACACCUGGGUUCUGCAGCCACGUGAGAAAGGGGGAAUGGCCGAAAUACAGCUAGAAGGGCUGAGCAGGGCUGGCUGGCUAGUGGAGUGUCAGGGCAGACAGACAGAGAGGGGUGUGUGUGUGGGGGGGGGAGGAAUGGAGGUGUGAUACAAACGGAUGUUUGGAGAUGGAUGACUAUGAGGAUAGACAGAUUGAUAGAGGGAUGUGUAUAGGGAUGGAUGAUGAUGGGUGUGUAUGGCAAUGGAUGGGGGGGGGCUGGAGGCAUGGAUAUGUGGGGGCUGGAGGGGUGUGGAUGGGGCUGGAGCGAUGGAUGGAGGGGUAUGUGAUAGGGCUGGAUUGACCCAGAGGCUGUGAAGAACAAUAGGUGGACAGAGCUGUUGGAUAGAUGGAGAGUGUGACUGGGACUGGGGAGGGAUAGAGGGGGCAAUGCUGCUGACCUGAUGGUUAAUGAGGGUUAUUUAUUUCCUGGGGGGAGGCUGGAGGGGCCCCACUGAAGGAUAGGGGGCCUCCAUGGGGGGAUCAGGGCCCAGACGUGCCAGGCGCUGUACGUUUCUGGAGCGAAUAGUCCCUGCCCCACAGGGAGCAUUUGUGCUGCUAGAUCUGGCCGUGCCAGGGGAGGCAGCCCUGGCCGGUGGGGGCCGGGAUGAACAAAGCGGUGUUUUAAUUGAUCUCUUUCAGACUCUUCCUCCCUCAUAAAGAAACCAAAGCAAAGUGCACAAGCCCCAAACCUCCCAGAAUCCCCUGCAGGUUUGGCCAGCUGGGAGCGAAGGUGGGUCAUUAAGGUCCCGCAGUCUGUACCAGGGAUCCUACCGCUGCCACCAAAAGCCCACAGCUAAUGAUCAGCAUGUGGCCAGGAACAGCUGCCCUUGCUGCCCUACAUCCCUUGGCAUUCACUGGGCACAGAAUCUCCCUGGGCAGAGCCAGGACAGACCCAGGCACUUCUCCAGCCUACCUGAACCGGGCUCCUAGCUGCACUGGGGAGCCAGGACACCUGGGUUCCAUGCCUGCCUCUGCCCAAUGUGCUGGGUGACCUUAGGCAAGUCCCUUCCCUUCUGUGAGUCUGCCCCGUGUCCAUCCAGCCUGGGAGCUCUCCUGAGCCAGGCCGUUUCCCGCUAUGUCUGGGCAGCGCCCGGCCCAUGGGGCCCCAUUUGGGGUUGGUGCUACUGCAGUCCCCAUGGCCUGAGGGCAAUCUGAGACAAAGCUGAGGAGGGGGGGGGGCUCUAGGUCCCCCCCCCCCCCGUUCUCCAGCCACAUGAGAGAAUGCAGCCCAUGGUCUGCCACAGGCGUCUCUCGGUGCCUGAUGCUGGCGUCUCCCCAUGGCCCCAGCCAGCGCCAAGCCCGCGUUGGCAGCAGACGUGGGAACCUCGCGCUAGCACCGGGCGGGCACUUUCGUCAAGGCCCAGUGAGGGACCACACUGGCAUCCGGCUCUCCCGGCUGGGGAGAAAAGCUGGGAAAGGUUGGGGGGGGCCCAGGCACCCCAGGGAGAAUAAAAAGCCCCCUCUCCCA